AUGGGUAUAGAGGCACCAACACUCCUAGAUCCUGUGCAGCAGCAGCAGCAGAAGCAGCAGCGGCGGGAAAGGCAGCAGCAGCAAAAACAGCAACAGCAGCAGCAACAACAACAACAACAGCAGCAGCAGCAGGAAGAACAGCAGCAGCAGCAGCAGCAGCAAGGGGAGGGCUCGUCUAUUUUAUUAUCCUCCCUUGAGUCCUCUCCUUUCUUUAGUAAUAUAAUUGAAUUACCUGGUGGUUGUUUAUGUUGUACAGUACGUAGCGAGUUAAUGUUAGCCUUGCAGCAGCUGCUGCAGCAGCUGCAGCAGCAGCAGCAGCAGCAGCAAAUAGAUGGUAUAUUUAUAGAGACAAAUGGUGCAGCAGACCCCCAACCUAUAUGUGAAUCUCUAUGGGCAGAUGACGAAUUAGAGGGAAAUAUUUUAUUAGAUGGUGUUGUAUGUCUUAUAGAUGCAACAAGACCUCAUGCUGCUCUUGCUGCACCUCCUGCUGCUGCUGCUGCUGAUGAUGGUGAUACAGCAGCAACAGCAGCAGCAAGAGGAGGAGAAGGAGGUGCGAAGGAGGGAUAUUCGUUAGAAACGCAUGCAGGUUUGGGGCUUGUUGCACUGAAGCAAAUUGCAUGCGCGGAUUGUUUGCUGCUAACUAAGACAGAUCUAUGUAGGGAGCAGCAGCAGCAGCAGCAGCUGCAGCAGCUGCAGCAGCGGCUAGCUUGUCUUAAUCCUGGUGCUACUAUACAUCUAUGUACGGAUGGUGAUGUACCUCUUGCUGCAGUAGUAGGUCUUAAGGCCUAUGGCAGCAGCAACAGCAGCAGCAGCAACGGCAGCAGCAGCAGCAGCAGGGGCUGCGGCAGCAGCUGGCUGCGGCGCGCUUUAUCACCAGAGGCUGAAGCAGCAACAGCAGCUGCUGAAGCCCUCUAUCAACAGCAGCAGCUGCAGCAGCAGCAGCAGCAUCAGCAGCAGCAGCACGAAUGUGCAGCAAAAGGCUCCUGCUGCAGCAAAAGCUUAGGGGGUCUUAAUAGCUUAAUGGUAUUUAUUUCCUUAGGGGGUAAAAACAAAGAAAGUCGUAAAUUAUUCUCCCUGCAGCAACUAGAGAGAACAAUAGGAGAGCUGCUGUGGGGUGACACAGAAGCAGCAGCAACAGCAGCAGCAGAUGCAGCAGCAACAGCAGCAGCAGAUGCAGCAAAGGAGACAAGCGCUAUAUUUAGAUGCAAAGGACUCUUCUAUGCAUGGCUAGAUGAUGAGGAAGGAGACACAACAAAUACAACGGUGCAGCAGAAGCAAGAUUUUUAUUUGUAG